CGCAGACUCCCUGCAUCUCAGCGCGAGAGCAUCAGUCAGUCAGCCACCGCCUGGACGACGCCUGGAUCCGACUGGACUGAUCCGGACCGGAUCGAUGCGGGCUUCGUGUGCCUCUUGCUGACUCUUGUCGUCUAUGGACGUCAAGUAAAAAACCAGUGGCUGCUCGUUAACCUUUCCACUCUUUGCUUUUGUCGUCUGGACGCUAUCCGCCCAGUCACAAAAUGGCGGACAUGACAGAGCUGCGACCCUCUUACGCCAUGUCUCCCAUUCUGGCGGGCUUCCUGGGUGCGGGUGUCCUGGUUCUCGUGGUGAUCGUCCUGGUUCUGCUGUGGUCCUUCUGUCAGCGACGUUACCUGCGCAUAUCGGGACACUACAAGUUGCACGGGGACCGUUACUGCGACGCUGACGACCCGCCCUACAAGUUUAUCCACAUGCUGAAAGGCAUCAGCAUUUACCCAGAGUCCCUCAGCAGCAGCAAGAGGAUUGUACGCAGCGCCAGGCGAGCCGAGCGUGAUGGAGAACGUGGCUGCGCACAGGCGGGGGGGAGAGGCCUGGUGUUGGUGGACGCGGAGAACAACAUCCUAGAUGUCCCGGGUCAAUUGCAAAUGAGUCACCUGGUAGCCCCUGCCGGACCAGGCCGUAUGGAGCGGGCAUUACCCGUCCGCGCCGACUACUGCUGCCUGGACAGCAGCUCGGCCAGCAGCAGUCAGACCAGCAGCAAGACCGGGUCGCCCUUCACCCCCGCCUCCUCUGAGCCCGAACCAGAAGCCAGCCUAGGUGCUAUCAGCCUCACUGUGGACUACAACUUCCCCAAGAAGGCCUUGGUGGUGACCAUCGUCGGGGCCCGAGGUCUUCCCGCCAUGGAUGAGCAAGCCGGCAGCUCUGACCCCUACGUGAAGAUGACCAUCCUGCCCGAGAAGAAGCAUCGCGUGAAGACCCGGGUGCUGAGGAAGACACUGGAUCCGCUCUUUGACGAGACCUUCACUUUCUACGGCGUGGCCUACAGCUCGCUACCAGAGCUCACGCUGCACUUCCUGGUCCUCAGCUUCGACCGCUUUGCUCGUGAUGAUGUCAUUGGGGAAGCAGUAGUGCCACUGAAGGGUGUGGACCCGAGCACAGGCCGAGUCCACCUGAGCCAGCAAAUUUCCAAGAGGAACAUGCAGUGUGAGAGUCGUGGUGAGCUGCUGGCGUCGUUGUCCUACCAGCCGGUGUCUCAUCGUCUCAGCGUGGUGGUCCUGAAAGCUCAACACCUCCCGAAGAUGGACAUAGCCGGCCUGUCUGCAAACCCCUACGUGAAAGUCAACGUCUUUUACGGUCGCAAGCGCAUCGCUAAGAAGAAAACCCGUGUGAAGAAGUGCACGCUAAACCCAGUCUUCAACGAGUCCUUCAUUUACGAUAUCCCACCCGAGCUGUUGCCUGAGAUCUCAGUGGAGUUCCUGGUGGUCGACUUUGACCGUACCACCAAGAAUGAAGUCCUCGGCCACCUGGUGCUUGGCCUCCAAAGCCCCACCCUCACCGGCGCCUCCCACUGGCGGGAAGUCUGCGAGAACCCCCGUCGGCAGAUCUCCAAAUGGCAUACCCUGAGCGAGUACUGAGGAACAUGCUGGGACUGGACCAGUGAAGACUCCUGGAAAUACAGACUAAUACAGUGUACAGCAUACACACACAUAUACACACACACACACACACAUACACACACACACAAUGUAAUGCUAGUUAUUAAACACUCUCUAUUAUCUGUCAACACCACAUGUGCAUCUGCUAAGAAAAUGCUGAGCUUUUGAAAAAGAAAACCGACGUUUGUGACGUCUCGCCUCUUGUGUGUGUAAAGCUAUGAAGAAAAAAAAUCCUCCCCUACUCGCCCCCGCUGUGGUUGUCAUGCAGUUUGUUGCAUGUGUUUGUGAAGAGAAGAACUAAAAAGCUUCCCCUCAUGCUGUGGUGGUCUCAGAGGGGAGUUAGCGUGCAGGUAACAUUUGUAAAAUACCGUGUGCGUGAUUGCAGCAUGAAUGUUCAAUUUGUCUUUUGUUGCUUUGUUUUGCUACAAAGAUCUUCUGGAACACUCUUGACACCCCACUCACCCGUCCGGCCCAAAACCCAUCCAAGCAACAAUGCUAGUAAGAAUGCUAAGCUAAUCACACCAUCUCAAGUCGGUAUGAGCGACCCACCUAGCAGGUACCUUACUCCAAAGAUCUGUAUUACAUAUUUUGAUGAUGAUGAUUUGUGACGUCAUUGUUUAUUAAGUUACAACUUUUGUCAUCAUCCUUCAGUCAAACUCCACUGUAAUAUUCUGCCAGUGAGCGGCGCUGUUGUCGUCGCAAAAAAAAAGCACAUUAGAAUCCACAUGACGGUGUCUGUCUGGUGCUCUCAAAUAAACAUCCCACAAUGCA